CAAAAAUGGUCGAGCAGACUUCGUUGCAAAUGGCGGACAAUUGUUGAGGGCGUUCUGCAAAUGGACGGUAUGCAAGCCAUCUCUCUGCGUUCUCCAGCGGUGAGGGGCUGUGCAAGACGAUUGGUGAACAGCAUGGCGUCUUUGUCCGCUCGCAAGGGCCCCGGCGCCCAGCAACCUCGGCUUGCAAAGCACGCCUCGUUGUUGGAAGGUUCGAUUGUGUCAAGCUGCCCUGUCAACUCUUCUUUCCUUUCAAAAAGAAAGCUGCAGGUUCAAGCACGAAUCACCACGCUCAGCAGCGGCAGUUUUAGGGUUUGGGGAGAAGCAUGUGGCCUUCAAUGCCGCCAGCAUAUGUCCCCAGCCAAACUGCACUCUUUCUCAUCAUUUGAAGCCAGCAGACAGAUGCUCUCAGAGGAGCCUGCCACAAAAAUAAGGCCUGCGGUCAGGUCCUUUGCCACCCAUGCAGUCAGCGAUGACGUCAGCGCUCGUGGGUGGAACCUCCGCGCAGACGGGCAGACCGGUACAGAGCCUGCGGGGCCAUCCGGCCGCCCCGCCGAACCUCCCCCUCAUGAUUCAUCCUCCACUCCCUCCGACACGACCCGAACUUCUCCAGAAGCAAGCACAGUUGCUGGCAGCUUUCCUUCCUCGGAAACAGGGGUCAAGCCAGAACCGCCAACGUUUCUGUCUGAUGAGGAGAGGUUCGACGUAAUUGUAGUGGGAGGUGGUCACGCAGGGUGCGAAGCGUCGCUUGCGGCUGCGAGGAUGGGGGCGCGAACGCUCCUGCUGACGCUCAAUCUUGACAGGAUUGCUUGGCAGCCGUGCAACCCGGCCGUCGGGGGGCCUGCCAAGAGCCAGCUGGUUCAUGAGGUGGACGCCCUUGGGGGCGAGAUUGGCAGAAUGGCCGACAAAACGUACCUUCAGAAGCGCAUCCUGAACCGCUCCAAGGGGCCUGCCGUGUGGGCGCUGCGAGCACAGACGGACAAGAAGCAGUACGCACAGGAGAUGCGCACAGUUGUAGAGAACACGCCGAAUCUGUUCAUCCGCGAAGCAAUGGCCACCGAGCUCAUUGUGGGCCCUAACGACGAGGUGCAAGGCGUCAAGACCUUCUUCGGAAUGGACUUUUUGGCGCCGGCGGUGGUCGUAACCACCGGGACGUUCAUGAACGGCACCAUCUGGGUGGGGCGCAAGUCGAUGUCGGCGGGCCGGGCAGGAGAAGGGGCCUCCGUGGGCCUCACGGAGCACCUCCAGAGCCUCGGCUUCGAGACCGACCGCCUCAAGACGGGCACUCCCUCCCGCGUCGACGUGCGCACCGUCGACUUCCGGCACCUGACGGAACAGCCCGGAGACGACGAACUACGUUAUUUCAGCUUCGACCCGGAGGCGCAUCAAGAGCUGGAACAAAUGAGCUGUUGGCUGACGAGAACUACGGCGGCAACACAUAAGCUGAUCGAGGAUAACUUGCACGAGACGCCGACGUAUGGCGGGUGGGUGGAUGCGAAGGGGCCACGCUACUGCCCGUCUAUUGAGGAUAAGAUUGUGCGCUUCAAGGACAAGGAGUCGCACCAGAUCUUCCUCGAGCCCGAAGGCCGUUCCACGCCCGAGCUGUACGUGCAAGGCUUCAGCACGGGCCUACCCGAACGCCUCCAGCUGGCGCUUCUCCGGACGCUUCCCGGACUCGAGAACGUGUCCAUGCUCCGUCCGGCGUACGCAGUCGAGUACGAUUUUUUGCCGGCGCACCAGUGCCACCCGACGCUCAUGACGAAGAAGGUGGAGGGACUGUUCUUCAGUGGGCAGAUCAACGGGACGACGGGCUAUGAGGAGGCGGCCGCGCAGGGCAUCCUGGCCGGGAUGAACGCGGCGCUUUUGGCAGCCAAAAAGUCGCUGGUGGUGCUCCCCCGAGAGAGCAGUUAUCUGGGCACGCUGAUCGAUGACCUGGUGACAAAGGACCUGCGGGAACCGUACCGCAUGCUCACCAGCCGUUCGGAGUAUCGACUCCUGUUGCGGUCAGACAACGCAGACUGCCGCCUGACACCGCUCGGGCGUGAAGUGGGCCUCAUUGAUGAACGGCGAUGGCGGCUGUUCGAGGAGAAGCAGGGCCGGAUUGCUGAGGAAAAGUUGCGGUUAGCAUCAACCCGCAUCGAGGAAACUACGCCCCUGGGCCAAGCCGUUAUCGAGCAGUCGAAACAGCCCAUAAACCGAAAAGUAACCCUAGAAGAGGUCCUUCGACGCCCUCAUUUGCACUACGACAUGUUGGACGAAUACGGGUACGGAAACGGAGCUCUUUCUAGUGUAGAAAAGGAAUGCGCGGAGAUCGAUAUCAAGUACUCGGGGUUCAUAGCGCGGCAGCAGCAACAGAUGGACAACGUGACGUCCAAGCAAAACAAACGAAUUCCGGACAACAUCGACUACUUUGCGAUCAGCACGAUCUGCAUGGAAGCGCGGGAAAAGCUGACUAAGAUUCGGCCGCUGACGAUCGGCCAGGCAACUAGGAUAGGGGGGGUGCGGUCGGCCGACAUAACGAAUCUGCUGAUUUGGUUAGAGGUACAAAGGAGAAAGAAUGACCCGCAGAAGCGAGAGGAGCGGCAUAGGUUGAAUCGCGAGAAAGGGCUCGCAAUUAUGCGGGAGAAAGCGGCAAACGAGGAGGCUGCGAGCUCUCAGAACGAGACUGUGGCUCAGCUAGUCGGAUGAAGGAUAUCUUAGUGACUCUGACUUCGUUAAGAAGGCUGGCGGGCCUGUAAUCAUUCUAUCGAUAAGGUGCCUGGUGGCAAUCGGCACUCGACACACUCUCAGCUCCAUAAGCGUGCAUCUGCGUAUUGACUGCCCAUUACUAGCCUGCACUUGUGCGCACUUGUGCACACGAGUCGUUG